GUGCGACUCCGGAGGCGCGGGCCGCCUUCACGGCUGGUUUGGAUCCGGGUCAGUCCGGCUCGGCGGUCGGUGAGAGCCGGUCUGAACUGACGAGACCGGACCCCCAGAACGCCCCUGCUGCGUGAAGUAUUAACGGGAACAUCCAUAGUAGUGCAGAAAACGUUCACAAUGAAAUCUGAAGCCAAGGAUGGAGAGGAGGAGAGUCUACAAACUGCUUUCAAGAAAUUAAGAGUGGAUGCAUCAGGGCCCGUCGUGUCGCUGUCUGUUGGAGAAGGUACAAGUGUCAGAACAUCAGCCAGAACCACAGCAGAUGAUACCAAACCUAAAAGCACAUGUCCAUCUAAAGACAGUUGGCAUGGGUCUACAAGGAAAACUUCACGAGGAGCAGUGAGAACCCAGCGUCGUCGACGUUCUAAGUCUCCAGUCCUUCAUCCUCCCAAGUUCAUACAUUGCAGUGCGAAAGCAUCUUCUUCCAGCAGCCAGCUCAAGCACAAAAGUCAGACUGACUCCCCUGAUGGCGGCAGUGGGCUGGGAAUUCCAACCCCUAAAGAGUUCCCUGCAGGAGAAAGCUCUACUUCUCUCGAUGCUAAUCCCACAGGGGCAGUCCUUGAGCCUUUGAGAACUCCAGUUCCAAGGCUCCCAUCAGAGAGUAAAGCGGAAGACUCUUCUGGCACUACCCAAGUCUCCCAAGCAAGUCUCAAGGCCAGCGAUCUCUCUGACUUUCAAUCUGUUUCCAGGCUAAACCAGGGCAAGCCGUGUACAUGUUUAGGCAAGGAGUGCCAGUGUAGGAGAUGGCAUGAUAUGGAAGUAUAUUCCUUUUCAGGGCUGCAGAAUGUCCCGCCUUUGGCCCCAGAACGAAGAUGUAUGCUUGAGGACUACUCUCAGUCACUGCACACCAGAACUCUGUCUGGCUCUCCCCGUUCCUGCUCUGAGCAAGCUCGAGUCUAUGUGGAUGACGUAACCAUUGAGGACCUAUCAGGCUACAUGGAAUACUACUUGUAUAUCCCCAAGAAAAUGUCCCACAUGGCAGAAAUGAUGUACACCUGAUAGCAGGAAGUUAGUGCAUAUGCUUUAACCAAUGAAGGGUUGUCAGAUUUAGUUCAUGGCAGACCUUGUGGCCACUUUGUGUGAGAAGACAACUUUCUACUCACUGUGCUUGCAAUAAAAACUUUUCUUGGCAUCUCAGUUAACCUUCAUUCUUUAUUCUCUUGAGUUCUUUCAUACCCAUCAAGGCAAGCAGAUCAAAGAAAAUUCUUCUCAUCUAAAAAUGUUCCUGAGAGAUGAAGAAAACAUAAUUACUGGAGAACUGGCAGCAGUGGGUAUAGGGUGAAAUCCUUUGUAAAAUUCCAUUUCUCUGAUGUUUAAGGUUGGGUAGCCAAAAUCAAAUGGGGUUUUGUCACAGAACUGAACAUUUGUCAUGUUGUAGUUGCCAGCCCGGAACAUUGGAAGUUGUAAGACUGAUUUAAACCAGCUCUGAUUUAGCACAGGAUUGAUUUUGUAAUGAAAGGUUUGAUAUACAUUAUUGUUGAGCCAGAGAUCUAAGGUUUAGAUGCAGUUUGAAUAAACUAGCCGGCCUGCCUUGUGUUGUUUGAGUCAUUACCCAUCACUCAAUAAACCCCUGCUUGGUGCUGUUCAUCUUGA